AUGCUACGCAACUCAGCUGUAGCCUUUGGCCUCUUCGUCGGCGCUAUCCAUGCCGCACCUGUUUCCCGAUCUGAGAGCUGUCCCACAGCGCAUGUGAAGAACGGCACGUAUGAAGGCGCGUACGACUCGCAGUACAACCAGGACUUUUUUCUUGGGAUUCCAUAUGCACAAGCUCCCGUUGGUGACCUCAGGUUCAAGAACCCGACCAGCUUGAACCAGAGCUGGACAGACAGCAAGCCAGCGACGCAAUACUCCAGUGCGUGCUAUGGUUAUGGUUCCGAUCAAUGGAAUUACCCAGUCAGUGAAGACUGUCUGUACCUUAAUGUGGUUCGGCCGGCUGGAUACGAAAACCAGACACUGCCAGUCGCGUUCUGGAUUCACGGAGGUGGUUUUUACCAGGGCUCGGGAGUUGAUCAAAGAUACAACCUAUCCUACAUGGUCAAGAACUCAGUCGAGAUCGGGAAGCCCAUCAUCGGUGUCAGCAUCAACUACCGCUUGUCCACGUGGGGUUUUUUGAGUGGAACCCAGGAGCUCGUGGAUGAGGGUGGGUCGAACUUCGGCCUGAGAGACCAGCGAUUGGCGCUGCACUGGGUCAAGGAGAAUAUCGAUGCCUUUGGAGGUAAGUCUGAAAAGGUUACUAUCUUCGGAGAGAGUGCUGGAGGAGCCUCCGUCGGUUUUCACCUUACUGCUUAUGAGGGUCGCGACGACAAGCUCUUCCGUGGUGCGGUGAUGGAGUCUGGCAACCCGAUUUACUACAGGAGGCUCAACAGCACAGUUGAGAGUAACCCCAGUCUGUACCAGGAGCUCCUCUCGAGGACCAACUGUAGCAGCGCACCCAGCACACUCAAGUGUCUUCGCAAGAUACCGGAGGCUCAACUCAACUCUGCGAUAAACUCCACAAGCACGUCCUACAACAACACGUUAGCGCAGUUUGGACCUUACAAGGACGAUGACUUCGUUGCAGACUAUGGUUCCAGGCAACUUGCAGAUGGACGAUUCGUCCACGUACCCAUUAUUGAUGGAGCCAACUCCGACGAGGGAUCUGCUUUCAGCCCUCAAGGCAUCAACACUACUGAGCAAUUCCGUGCUGCUAUCAUCGCAGCUGUUCCUCAAGUGACUGGAAAGCUUGCCGACCAGAUUCUUAAGGCAUACCCCGACGACCUAUCGGUCAAUGUCAUUGCCAGCUUGGGAGAUACCCGGCCAGGAGGACGCUUCGGAGAGCAAUUCCGGCGUUCUGCCUCCUACUUCGGGGACUACACCUUCAUUGCUCAUCGAAGGAAGACCUGCGAAACUUGGGCUGCAGCGGGUCUUUCAGCGUACUGCUACCGCUUCAACGCGAUUCCGGCUGGUCUGCCUCCGCAGAUCGGUGUGACUCAUUUCCAGGAAGUGGCGUUCGUCUUCGAUAACAUCGUGGGCAGCGGUUACAUUCCCGCUGCGACACCACCUUUCCAGGGCAAGGGACAGAACUACAUAGACCUUGCCAAGCUGAUGGACAGCAGCUGGAUCAGUUUCUUCCACGACCAGGACCCGAAUUCAUGGAAGAAGUCGGCAGCAUGGAGCGGCAAAGAGAAAGAUUGGCCAGUAUAUGACCUCAAGCACCCGCAAGAUUUCGUAUUCGACGCGAACGUAACGAGCUAUGCCGAGGCUGAUACGUACCGCAAGGAGGGUAUGGCGCUCAUCAACGAGCACAACUUUGACGUGUUUGGACGGUAA